AUGUUCUCUAUGGAAGAAAGAAAGCUGUCAGACGAACAAAGACGACUACGAAGUGUCUUAUUCCCGACCGUUGAGUCCCCCGCGUUGUCAGCCGCAGUCGUUGAUUCGGAACGUACUCCAAUGCGAAAACCAACGCGGGAUGCACAUAUUCCUGUUACGGGUCGAACUAGCAGAGCUUCCAGUAUCGUGUCGACAAGGACGCGAAUAAGCAUCAAUACUCUCCAGGAAGAUGCACGGAGUGCCCGGAGUGUCGAUCUCGUGCUGGGAGGCAGGUCCUUCCAUAUAAAUCGAGACGGCUCAAGGGUGACCAGUGUCGAUGAUGGUCUCCCGCCAUAUUCCCCUCCGAUAGCUGAAGUGGCUAAUGCUCCAAAUGUGGACUCUGACGGUUCUGAAUUGUCGUCUCCUACAACUCCAACUGGCCGGCCUUUUGAACUCCCUGACUACGGUCGAAGUAAUGAGUCACAGGGCUACUCUCUGUCUCAUUCUACGUGGGGCCAGCUUUCUGGUCUACAAACUGACAGAAGGCCUCAUGCGCACAGAAAGUCGAACAGUGUUAUCUCGGAGCCCUCAAGCUUGACCACGAGAGACCAGCCAGCCGUUGGUCUAGAUUAUGAGAGGGGGAAUUUUUAUGUGGCACGGAGAAGCAAUUCUAUCGAUACGUCCCGUGAAACAUUAAGAACUUCUCCGGCGACGAGGCGCUCCCUCUCUUAUGGCAACCUUGGGGAUUUUCUACAGUCAACUCCUAUAAAUACUAUUCGCCGCAAAACGGGCGCCCAGCUCCCCAGGAUAUUUACAACCCUCUCAGGAGGAAGGUUCAGUAGGAGUUCCCCAAGUCUGUCCGAACAUGGAGAGGAAAUACCUAUGUCUACUCAAGUCCGUGUCACCCGCUCCGCAGGACCACAUGCAGGGAGUACCAUGUCAUCAAAAGGCUCUUCGUCAUCUCCAUCUCUUGUCAGACUCGCUGCGACAGGUAGGAUCCCAUCUCCAGCUAUCUCCGUCAAGAGUGAUUCUGCGUCGACAUCUGCUCCUGGUCGGUCUUUAUAUGUCAAGACUGCGGUUAAUAGUAAUGAUCGACCAGUUGGGACUCUGGGAAGCCCAGUGCACAUAGAGGAAGGGUAUGCAGGAGCGGAGCCGCCUCCCAUGGAUACUGAAAAUGACAUCAGCAUCCAUUACACCCGGGUAAUCCGGAGCAUUGAUCGGGAUCAUCGGCGGGCACUCCACGAGCGUGAUAAAGAGCUCGCAGCUAUGCGUGAGCGUCUGAACGAGGUUGAUCAGGUCUACCGACAACAACUGCGGGCACGAGACUUCACAAUCGAAGACCUCCGUCAACGGCUGACAGCCCUUGAGCAGAGCGUAGAAACCCAAAUCCACCGUGCCCAACAUGAAGUCGAGGACAUGUGGGAAAAGCGUUGGAAAGACCGCGACAGGCAUCUGGUUGAGCGGAUGCGCCGCAUUGAACAGGAUUGUCAGCGAAAUAUUGAGCAAGCAAUUGCACAACGCGAUGAAGAGUGGAGAGCCACGUGGGAGAAAAAGAACGAGCUGUUAGCACAACAACUCCAGCAGGUACAAGAUGUGGCUAAGCAAGAUCCGGUCCUUCCAUGA